GAUGAAGGACAAACAGAAGAGGAAGAAGGAGCGCACGUGGGCCGAGGCCGCGCGCCUGGUAUUAGAAAACUACUCGGAUGCUCCAAUGACACCAAAACAGAUUCUGCAGGUCAUAGAGGCAGAAGGACUAAAGGAAAUGAGAAGUGGGACAUCCCCUCUUGCGUGCCUCAAUGCCAUGCUACAUUCCAAUUCGAGAGGAGGAGAGGGGCUAUUUUAUAAACUGCCUGGCCGAAUCAGCCUUUUCACCCUCAAGAUUGUAUUCAAUUGA